AUGAACGCUCGCCGCAAUAGUUCAAAAGGUAGCUUGCCUAAAGCACUCCAGCUCAGCGACCAUGCUUCCCACUUACAAGCAACGUUGUCGACGCCGCCGCCGACAGGCUUCAAGCAUUCACCCAUGGGUCAUCGAGCUCCCAAGAGUGCCUUGUUUGCCGGCUUUACCGGGUUUGGCGAAGCUCCCAUCACGCCCAUGACACCGGAUAUGUUUAAACAGCAAGACACACAGCAACAAGGCCAGCAUGAUCCACUCGCAGUGGAAGACGAGCAAGUCAUUCGCCCAGAAUCACAACGACCCAUGUCGGAUGAAGAGGCUGUUGAAGCCUCAGCCAUCAAUUCGGCUCCCUCAACACCGCCUCCCAUGUCACCGUGCGAGACCAUGUCUUCUAGCGCACGUUCUGCGAAACGAUCAUUCGACGCGACAGCAGAUAUGACGCCACCAGAGUCGGUUGUUGUGAGUGAUCGCGUCAAUGCUUCAACUGCAGCUGACGCUGGUCUUCGCUUGAAACGACAAAUGCAUGCGCCAUCGCCAGACACCGUCUUGGCUCCCGCUCGAGCUUGCUUGGCAGAACUGCAAGAGAUGCCCAUGGCUUAUCUGCAACAUCAUUUCCUGAGUGUUACCCGACAAACGCUCAAUCAAAAACGAGGGGCUGCUUGUUACAUCAAGGCUGUGCCCGUGAGUCAACGUGGUCGUACUGGACGCAUUCGAGCACGCGUGAGCUCACAGGACCGGCCUGGUGUUGUUCGCGAACUCCAAUUUGACCUGGCGCCGAGGUCUCUUGAUGGCGAUGAUGAGGAAGCCACUAGUGAUGCUGAGUCAACAGCCAGCGAGAGCCAAGGCGCACCACGGAUUGAUCGCCGUGAAGCCAAUUCGAGCAUCUUCCCGCUACAUGUAGAAGUGGCUCUCCUUCGAGCACCGCUGCUUGGACGCUUACUACUCUCUGGUCUUGUUGGCAAGGGAGAUUUACUGGAUCUCGAGUUUCCCUAUCCUCAUCUAUUUGGUCAAGUUGUGCGCUGGAUGUACACUGGCCAAUUGCCUGAAUUACGCGAUGGCGACGAAGCUGCAGAGCACAGAGAUCAGGUACAUGAAUGUAUCGCCUACCUCUGGGGCCGCUACUGA